UAAUGUUGUGUGUUUGUGUGUGAUAUUUUCAAUAUAUUUUUAAUGAUAUUAAAACAAUAGAAUCAUACAGAAUAAUUUAUAAAAUAAUAAUAUGACGUAAUACCUAAUACAAUUGGAUGUCUUGUACGGUCUAUCAAAAUAUGUAUAAUUAUUCUGGAUAUUUUUAAAUCUUUGUAAUUCAACGUUGCAAUGAAGAAAUUAAAUAAAAUUACAGAAUGCACGGCACUGUUAGCGCCGUGUUAUUACUGCGCGCGCAGCAUUGCCUGAAUUCGUUAGUUCUGACAGCCUGUCAGGGACCGGAUAUUUUGUAAACAACCGAGCGAAGGGUUAAUUAAUUUUGCCCACUUUUUUCCACUUCCUCUGUUUCUUUACCGGUUUAGCUUAUCAAGAACACAUAUUCAAUUAUCAUGGACUACUUUGUACUAUAGAUAUUAAUCAUGACCCAGAUAACCAGUAAUAAAAAGAUGCUAUGAGUAUUUCUCUAAUAUGAUAAGCUAAUAUUCAUUUAAAUAUAUUAUCAUAUUAUGAAUUCAAAAAUCUUAUAUAUUAUUAAUUUUUCACAAUUUGACAUGUGACAACUUUUUAGAUUCCUGAUUCGUAUAAUUGUAGAUAAGAAAAAUAAAGAUUACAAAAUUCAAUUAGGCAUGAUAAUUUCAUCUAUUAAAAUUAUUAGUCACGUGAUCUAAAUCCAGAGAAUUUGCUUCAAAUUUCUUCCGAUUUUCCGAAUGGUAAUUCUAAAUAAAUUCAAAUUCUGGUACGUAUAUUAUUUUAUGCAUAUACAAGUAUUAUUUGAUAAUAUUUUGCUUAAAAACAACGGUUAUAAUUAUGUACUACAUAUAAUAAUUAUUAUAUGUAGAAUUACUUAUCUUUGUAAUUUGUAAAAUAUUUAUAGCUAAUUAUAAUAAUAUAAUAUACAAUAAUAUUGGGAAACACAUACAUACACAUUAGAUACACAUAAGAAUGACAAAAUAUUGUUUUAUUUUGAAUAUUGAUAUUUCUCCUAUAGUAUAUACUUACAAUAUUGUAAUAAGUGUUUCUCUAAACGAAUAAAUGAUAUAAAAUCGUGAUCGUGUAUAAUUAAAAAUUAUAAUACUAAUAUAUUUUAUUAUAAAUUAUAAUCUUAUGUACUUGUUUUCUUUUUAAUAUAUAUCAUGUUUUGAUUUAGUUAUAUAAUUUACGUAAUUAUGAAUAUACAAAUUCAUAACUCGAAACAUAAAUACGUAUUCGUACAUUCAAAAAUCAUCGACAAAGACACGUGGAUGAAUUUUAUUUCAUAACAUUUUUUUUAUUAUUAUGGAUUGUUAAUUAAUGUACAUAACAUUUGAUUAUAAUGGCACGUGGUAAAAGAUCAAAUCGCGGUGGAAAAAGGAAAUUUCAUCGGUCCGAUGAUCGGCCGAAACCCAAAAAGAGUAAAUUUAACCUAAAAGAGGCUUCGUAUGUCAAAGAUCGUGACAUUAAAAAUAAGGAAAUCGAGAAACGUAGGCAAAUGUUGGAAGAAGAAAAGUUACAACAACGAGACAUAGAAAGUGACAAUUCUGGCGAUGAACAAGAGAAUCCAUUGCAAAACUUAUUAUCCUCUUUUGUAAAUACAACUAGUUUACAAAUUACUGCUAUUGAAUCUAAUUCAGAAAGUGAUGAUUUUAGUGAUAAGGAUGACGUUGAGGAGAGUAAUGAAAUUAGAGACAAGCUAACAAUGGAAUCUAACAAUAUGGAUGAGGAGGCAGAUUUACCAAGUGAUAGCGAUGAAAUAAAAAUGAAAGACGCUGACGAAGAAGAUCCUGAAACUACUCAAGAAGAUGCUGGUUAUUUGAAGGAUCCAUUCUCAAUUCAUCUUCAUGAUGACCUAAGCGAUAAACUUUAUGAAGCAGUUUCUAAUGUCCCACAAACUGUAGAAACACAAAAGAUAAUAUGGCCUGUUUUAGGCAAUCUUACAUGUCAAAUACCAAAAUUUUUAGAUGAUGCUAAAGACACAAUGAAAGAAUCUAACAUUUCUGUUUUAGAAUAUAAACAGUUUGCUAAGUGUGGCACUGUUCCUCAAUUAAUUGAUAAUAUAAAUUGGGAUAAAUUAUAUGUCAAGUCUCAAAUUCAUGGCAAUCUUACCCAAGCAAAUUAUUCAAAUACAAAGGAUAAUGCGAAUACAACUCCAUUACCUAUGACUCCUUUACAAAGGGAGCUAUUUUCAAUAAUAAAUAAUUAUCAAGAUUUAUACUAUCCUGAAAGGACUUUUUCUAAUGCGGAUCAAAUAAGAUUUGUGUAUUGCUUACAUAUAAUUAAUCAUGUGUUGAAAACACGAACGAAGAUAUUGCACCAUAAUGCAAAGAUAACAAAAUCAAAAUGUACAAACAUGACAGAAAUCCCAGAUGAAUAUAGAGAUCAAGGUUUAGUGAGACCAAAAAUUUUAAUAAUUGUUCCUUUUAGGCAUUCAUGUCUAAAAAUUGUUGAAUUAUUGAUAUCUAUUUUAAUUGGAGAAGAUAAAGGUGGUUCUGUAAUGAAUAAGACAAGAUUUAUGGAAGAUUUUAGUGGCAAUGAAUUAGCAAUGUCAAAAAAAAAUCCAAAACCUGAAGAUUAUGAACUGACAUUUCAAGGAAAUACAGAUGAUACUUUUAAAAUAGGAAUUGCUAUUACAAAAAAGACUUUAAAAUUAUAUUCAGAGUUUUACUCCUCCGACAUAAUAAUUUCAUCUCUACUAGGUUUAAGAAUAUUAAUAGGUGCAGAAGGUGAAGCAGAUAGAGAUUAUGAUUUCUUAGCAUCAGUAGAAUUAUUGAUUCUUGAUCAAGCAGAAUUGUUUUUAAUGCAAAACUGGGAUCAUAUGAUACAUAUAUUAAAUCAUUUGCAUUUACAACCAAAAGAUUCUCAUGGAACAGAUUUUUCUAGAGUAAGAAGUUGGUGUGUGAAUGGAUGGACUAAAUACUAUAGACAGACGUUAAUAUUUUCAAGUAUUCAUGUGCCUGAAAUUUAUGGAAUAUUUAAUAAGAAAUGUUACAAUUAUGCAGGGAAAGUAAAAAUAAUAAAUCCUAUUUCUCCUGGAUCUAUUUGUCAAGUAGCUGUACAAAUUCCACAAGUGUUUCACAGAUUUGACACUUCAAGUCAUUCUCAAGCCUUGGAAUAUAGAAUGGAGUUCUUUACAACAAAGAUACUUCCUCAGUAUAAAGAUAGAAUAAUGAAUCAUACAUUGAUUUUUAUACCAUCUUACUUUGAUUUUGUGAAAUUACGGAAUUAUUUUAAAAAAGAAGAAUAUAGUUUUGUACAAAUUUGUGAAUAUUCUAAAGAUGCAAAAGUGGCAAGAGCAAGAGACAUGUUCUUCCAUAGUGAUGCACAUUUUCUCCUAUAUUCAGAAAGAUUUCAUUUUUUCCGUAGAAUAAGAGUAAAAGGUAUAAGGCAUAUUAUAUUUUACGCACCACCAAUCUUUCCUCAGUUUUACGUAGAAAUGUGUAACUUAAUGCAAGAAGCUAAUCAAAAUCCACGUUCAGGUUCUGGAAGUAAUAUGACAAUUACUGUUUUAUAUUGUAAAUAUGAUAUUAUGCAGCUUUCUGCAAUUGUAGGAGCUGAAAGGGCAAAUAAAAUGUUUGGAUCAGAAAAAUCCAUCCACAUGCUUAUGACUGGUGAAUAGGAAAUAAAAAGUACGUCAAAUUCCUUUAUAUAAUAGCAUGGGUAUCGGAUGUUAUCGAUAUUGUGAUUGUUAAUAUCAUUAAAUAUGUAAAAAUGUAUCAUUAACGUUUGUAGUUCGUAUUAUUAUUAGCAGGAAACAUUUUUAUCUUCAUCGUUUUGUUUAAUUUCUUUAUUAUAUUACUAUACGAUUUUUAAAUGCAUUGAAAUAAAUACAAUCUUAAUUACAAUUA